AUGGUGGUGCAUUCUCACUUUUUUGCAACACGGUUAGUGCAGGGAAUCCCUGAACAGGUUCUCCACAACAAAAUUGUUUACAACGAUCGGCCAUUUGGUUGGAUAGGUGGAACAGCGCUGGUAUCCAGCAUGCGGGGACAUACCAGGGUAUUCACCGACUCGAGUCUGAUAACAGAGGAGAAUGGAAUGAAGAAGAUCUGGGAUAUUAUGAAGGAGGAGAAGGUCAAGAAUGCUUUCAUGAUGCCAUACUGUAUACAAGAUUUAAUCGUGGAGAAAACCAGUAUCCCUGAUGACGGAUUUAGGUUGGAACUGAUAACAACAGGUGGACAGAUUAUGGAUAAUUUCUACACUCAGGUAGUUGGUAGAUUCUGUAGAGUACUUAUGAUAGGGUAUGGGUCAUCAGAGUCCGGGGGUGUGGCAGUUUUCAGCCCGAUUUUUGAGGGCGACGUUCUUGAAACCGGAAAAGUAGGUCAUCCCGCUCCCGGUAUGGAGAUCAGGAUUGUAGAUGAAGAUGGAUGCCUUGUUGCAAGAGGAGAACCUGGUAAUAUUGAGCUUAGAAGUGCCUAUCUGAUGAAGCGAUAUCAUGUCGAUAUGUCUAUGACUGAUGCUGUAUUCUCUGCAGACGAACCACCUUGGUUAAAAACAGGAGAUGUUGGACUACUAACAACUUCCGGUGAAGUCAUCGUCAGCGGAAGAAGGAGUGAAACCAUAUCGCGUGGAGGUCGGAAGAUACUACCUGGUGCUGUAGAUGAUGUGCUCAAAGGAAUGGAAGGCGUAAAUCACGUGACCACGGUGGCUGUACCAGAUGCCCGGAUGUAUGAGGAAGUGUGUGUUUGUUUUGUGUCCUCUACUCUGACUCCUGGGGACGUACAACGUUUCUGUGAACAUAAAUUCGUGAACAAAGAUUCGUUGGACGGUAUGGGAUACAUGCCGGGAUACUUCCUCAAGUUUGAUGAAUUGCCAGUGACGUACACGGGAAAGACUGACAUGACAAAACUGAAAACGGAGGCUGCGAGGCGGCUGAAUCUUGGCGAGUGA